AUGGCAACGCUGAGACAGGAUCGUCGAUAUGGACUUUCCUGUGCCAAGCUUCAAAAAAACACUCCAAAUACAACAAUAUACCACGUCAAACUCACCGACACUGCUAUUCGGACACUGGAAGCUUAUCAGAAUCUGAAGGGAUCGUUACCAAAUCAACCAUCAAUUUGCUUCAAGGGAAGCCAGGGGUACAUCAAGAUUCCUGCUCCGACUGUGGACUCCCCUGCUGCACUACGCAUCUUUUCUUUUUACCUGUCCAGCGACAACAAAGAUAAUCCUCAAGCCAGCUUUGAUUGUAUUCACCAGCAUGUCUCAGGGGAACACCUGGAGGCCCAAGGCAGUAUUCAGGACAAGAUCACAGUUUGUGCCACAGACGAAUCAUAUCAGAUGACCCGUGAGCGCAUGUCCCAGGUUGAAAAAGACAUCUGGAGUCACUCAGCUAUCGAGAUCAAACCCGGGGCAACACAUCCAAGUAAAAGAGUUAAGAUUAAAAGGAAACAAGGACUGCCUGGAAGCCUUGAUGGUGCAAACAGACAUUCACCCAGUAACAAAAGGGUCGGAGCUCCUAGUGCCGUGGCCCAUAAGCCCCUGAGAGAACGUGUCAUUCACCUUCUGGCACUAAAGCCCUACAGGACGCCAGAGCUUUUGCUGUGGUUAGAGAGGGAGAGAGCUAGUUCUAAGGACAAAGCUGAAUUGAGUGCAGUGUUGGACGAGGUGGCAAGACUUAAUCCUAAAAACCAAAGUUUCUCUCUGAAAGAUGACUUUUACAAGCAUGUUCAGAGGGACUGGCCUGGAUAUUUGGAGGAGGAAAAGCAACUCAUCUACAGGCUUUUAGCCAGGAAACUUCAGCCUCUUUGCAGUAGUAGCCAGGUAAAGACAUUCCAGUCCAACCAUUCAUUUCCUAAAACCACAGGGGAUUCUCCUUCCCAGCUUAGCCCACUCAAGAAUCUCUCUGUGAAACGCCCAGUGCCUUCUAACCACCAGGAACCUCAGACUCCAAAGAAGCAAAGACUUAUAGACAACACCUCGCCCUUUCAAACACCUUCCACUGGUCAUCUUGGCACCUCCCUAGGCCAUGGUUCAUCCGGCACCGGAGGCUCCAGGUUAACAAAUGAAAUAGAGCUUGAGAAAACCAACUGUGUUCAGCAGAACCACAACAGCCAUUAUCAACUGCACAAACUCGAUGAGACAAAUAAUGGUCAUAAACAUGGACAACUAGAACCUGAGCCACUAAUGUCAACCAGCCCUAAAUUCUCACAGACUGAACCAACUAUCUGCACUGACCAGCAGCUAGCAAAUAGCCAACACAAGAAAAAGAAGUCCAAGAAGCACAAAGAAAAAGAACAAGAAUGCUUAAAACGGGUGGAAUGGGUGGAAACCAGCCCAGACUUAAAGCAUUAUCAGGAAAAUGUUAAUGACCAUGAGGGCCCAAACUCACCUGUCACCCAUGACUCAUCACAGGACCUGCCAGAAUAUUUAUUAAAAUACAACACUAUUGCUAACUUGGAGCAGCGACACCAGUAUAAGGAGGAUUUCAGUGCUGAGUAUGAUGAGUACAAGGACCUUCAUGAGAGGAUUGGAAAAGUCACAGAAAUGUUCAUCCAACUGGGCUCUAAAAUAAAGACCCUGUCUCCCGGGACUAAAGAAUACAAGGUAAUGGAGGACCAAAUACUGCAAAAAUAUAGGAAAUAUAAGAAGAAAUUCCCUUACUACCAGGAGGAAAAGAAACGCUGCGAGUAUCUCCAUCAAAAACUCUCUCACAUCAAAGCUCUCAUUUUAGACUUUGACCGCACUCAUGUCCCUUCCUAGUGCUGGCUCCCCUUCUGUUUUGUAUCCUGUUGACCAACUGGACCAAUGAAACUUAACUGGAAGUGAAACAAGACUAAAUCGGGUUCUUUCUGGAAGAACCUUAAGAAGAUUAGGAUUUCCACAUCCUCCUCCUCUGCACAAACACUGAUGAAAAUCUGUAUAUCUGUAUUUUGAGGUUUGAAACCCAAACCUUCAUGCACAGGCCAUGACCUCGAAUUUGUGAAACAAACCCUUUAACCUGUUUUUUACAUCUUUUAAAUGUCUCAGUAGUUUUUAUGUGUCUGUUGCAUUUAGUGCAAACUGAAAGUGAGAAAUGUCUUUAGCUAUAUCUAUGGUACAAUCAAAACAAGUGGACAGUAAAAGAGGACGAUUACUGCCCUGUCCACUGUGACUCUGAUUAACUGGAGUACUAAACACAGUUUAUAUAUUACUGAAUGUACAUGUGUAAACUUGUAAGAUCAUGAAUUUGAUGGUAGAAGGUUUUAAGAACUGGAUAGUAAUAAGGGAAGCAUUAAACAUAUUUGAGGAUCUUGGGUAAUCUGAGCAAAAUCCACAGAAUAUCAGGGUGCACUUUGUUGAAUUGUUGUCUUUAUAAUGGAUUGAUUUUUUUUUAUUAAGAACGGUUUCUGAUUUGAAACAAAGUUUGCAAAAUAUAGUAAAAAGCCUUAACUAGUCCUACUGUGUGUAGGCUUUAUCUAGUCCUAAUCGUACACUGUAUAACUUGGGAUUUAUUUUAGAAUUUAGAAAUGGAACUAGAGAGAGGUUAAGAUAAACCUGGAGUAUAAAGGUGCUGAGAUGUGAAUAUUUAUAAUUUAUCACAAGAAUGAUUUACAGCAUUUACAGCUUUCCAUAUUAUGGACCCUUACCCAAGUACUGGAUCAAAAGCAGUGAAAUAUUAUUUACUUUAAUUCAGUUAUUUAUAGUAACCCAGUCUCAUGUUUGACAAGAUUAUGUUUAUAGGAGACACUGAUGUCUCGUUUGGAUAGAGUUCAGUGCUCAAACCACUACAGCACAUUGUCCCAGACACUUUAUUAUUAUUAUAACUAUUGUUAUUAUUGUUAUUUUAUUGAACACACUAUAAACUGUACUACAAUUUGGAUUUUUUUUUUCACUAAGCAAGUGUCCAGUUACUUUCUGUUGAGAAUUAAGUAACCAAUGGUAAAGGUACAUUAAUUCUGUAACACUUUAAUAUGUUCUUGUUCUUAUGUUUGUCACAUAUGUAUUUAUGUCACAUGUAAAAAUGGAGUUUUGACUAUCCCUUGUAUGGUGGCACAUCUGGUACGAUGUGAACCUGGGUUCAAUCCUCCAGUGACCUCCAGUCACUGCCUGUCAAGAAUUUUGAAUAUUCUAUUCUGACUUUUACGUCUGUGUGGGUUUCAUGCAAAACACAAGUUGGCUGCUCUGAAUUGCCCAUGUAUGUUAGUGAGCGAGUCAACGGGUGAGUGUGUUAACAUGCAGUGGAUUGUUAUUCUGUACAGAGUUUGUUUCCAUGGGCACCAAGUGUUUUUGGGUAUUGACGGACCCCUGCUUAGACCGACUAGAAUAAUUGAAUACAUGAUUAUUUAAUCAAAGCCUAAUAAUAAUAAAUUGAUGAAAUUAUUGGAAAACCUAAAUAGGUGAAGCCCUCCAAUGGCUGUACUGCAUAAUACAAUUAAAUAAUAAACAAAGCAGAGGUGGUCAAUUUGAACUUAAUUUUGUACACAGAAGGAAAGGCAAAUCAAAAGAGGGUUUAUUAUUAAGACACAUUGCAGGAACUUUAGUCACAAAGACUUUGCUACCUAGUGUUUCAGUAGGAUCAGGGACUAAAUUAACAUUUGCAUUUAAAUGUGAAUUUUAAACCAUAUUCACUACUAUGUGUGUUGGAGGUUUUGGACCAACAUAUUAGACAUCUCUAUUCACCACCAUUAUAAAAUCACAAAUGCUUUUUGGAUAAAUGGUGUUCUGUUUAUCCAGUACUGAUUCUGGUGGCUCUUGGUGGUCCAGCACCUUACUAAGACAAGUUCCAAUUGUUUUUUAUCCUCUUUUUUUUAGUUUAUCACCCUUUUGAACCAUCAUAACAUAUACAAUCUUGUAUUUCUUCUAAAUCCCAAGCUCUAGUAUUUAAAAUUCAAAAAAGUUAAGAUAAAACUUUUGUGUUUUUAUUUUUACUAAAUGUUAAUAUUACAUUAGCAUAUUGCCCCUGUCAGAUAGAUAUUUGGUUGCCAGACCAGUUUUGGCAAAGCAGCAUAUUUAAAUAACUGGCAACUCUGAUUACACAAUGAUUUUAAUGAGGGCCUAAAUAAUUAACAUUUUUAUUCCUGUGUGCAGGUGCUUUAUGCAUUUAAUUUUGUUUAAAGCAUUUAAGAUGAGAGAUCUGCUAAUGCUACACAUCUUGUAUUGUUAAAUGCUUUUUUGUAUUACUUGUCUGCUUUAGCAUUUUUCUGAUAAAUAUUGCUAAGUUAUGUCCCUACAGUGUUAGUUCUUUUUUUCAUUCAGUGUUUGAUGUGAGUGGUAGACUUGCCAAAAUAUUGUAGCUCUUCUUUAAAUAGAUGAAACAGAUCAUGAUGUUUCUUCUUCAUUGGGCUUCUCCAUGUGUUGUAAAUGCCUUUAAUAAACUGGACAAUAACUGUUAA